AUGCUGCGACCUGCACAAGGCAAUUGGACGGCGCGCUCCAAGUGCAAGGCGCUGGAGUCUUCAGACGAAUGCACACGAGUCUUGUUGCCGCUGCUAAUUGUGGAGCGAUGCCGCAAACACCAAAAACGACCUACUAGCACAGCCCACCCAGCUGGUAGUGGUCUUGGCAAGCAUCAAUUGCCAAGCAACGUUCGGAGGAGCCAUUACCGUACUUUAAUGCCCGACUCAGAAGCGACUUAUUGUCACGAAUCAGACUCAGAAUGUUUCCGUCUGAGCCAAUUUACACUCCUUCAUUAUGGCUCAAAUCGAGCGGGCGCACCCGGACGUGGCUCUUCCUGCCGUUGUACACCGCGUCGCCGACGACGUGCCUGCAUCCACGCGCGUGAUAAUCAUCGGCGACGUGCACGGGAGCUGCAGCUGCUGCUAAGUGCGUGCGACUUCUCGCCUCCCAACGACUGCUUGGUGUUUGUAGGGGACCUGGUCAACAAAGGCCCCAAGCCAUUGGACGUCGUGCGCUUCGUUCGCGAAUCCGGCUCGCUUUGUGUGCGUGGGAACCAUGACGAUGCCGCUCUAAGUGCUUUCUACCAAUGGAUAAACGGCGGUCGCGUCCCCGGUUCCGCCAAGUAUCCCUACGUGGAACACUUCAAACCUGAGGAUGUGGAAUUCCUCGAGCAACUGCCGUUCUCGGUGUCGCUGCCUAACCAUAGCAACAUCAUUGUAAUACACGCUGGAGUUGUACCAGAAGUGAAUCUGGAGGAGCAGAGACCCGUCGACAUGUACAAGAUGCGGUUCGUACAACGGGAGAAGGCGGACGACGAGACUUCCACGUGGAUGGCGCUCGAGAAGAAAAAGUAUAAAAAUGAGAACAGCGGAGAGCCCGAAAUGUGGGCCAAAGUAUGGGGCGGGCCUAGACACGUGUACUUUGGACAUGCAGCAAGCGCGGGGUUGCAGGUGAGAAGGUUGCUUCGAAGGAAUUAA